AUGAAGUACGUCGUUGUCUCCGGUGGUGUUAUCUCUGGUAUCGGUAAAGGUGUGUUGGCAUCCUCUACUGGUAUGCUUUUGAAGACCCUUGGUCUAAAAGUAACCUCUAUUAAGAUCGAUCCGUACAUGAAUAUCGAUGCUGGUACUAUGUCUCCUUUGGAACAUGGUGAAUGUUUUGUCUUAAAUGAUGGUGGUGAAACCGAUUUAGAUUUAGGUAAUUAUGAACGUUAUUUGAAUGUUACAUUAACCAGAGACCAUAACAUUACCACUGGUAAGAUAUAUUCUCAUGUUAUUGCCAAAGAAAGAAAAGGUGACUAUUUGGGUAAGACUGUCCAAAUUGUUCCUCAUUUGACUAAUGCUAUCCAAGAAUGGAUCGAACGUGUUUCUCGUAUCCCUGUUGAUGAUACUGGUUUAGAACCAGAUGUUUGUAUCAUUGAACUUGGUGGUACCGUUGGUGAUAUUGAGAGUGCUCCUUUCGUCGAAGCUUUGAGACAAUUUCAAUUCAAAGUUGGUAAAGAAAACUUUGCUUUAAUUCAUGUCUCUUUAGUUCCAGUCAUUCACGGUGAACAAAAGACUAAACCAACCCAAGCUGCCAUUAAGGAUCUAAGAUCCUUGGGUCUUGUUCCAGACAUGAUUGCCUGUAGAUGUUCUGAACAAUUGAAUCCAUCUACCAUUGACAAGAUUGCUAUGUUCUGUCAUGUUGGUUCAGAUCAAGUUGUUAAUGUCCAUGAUGUUAACUCUACUUAUCACGUUCCAUUACUAUUAUUAGAACAAAAGAUGAUUGAUUACUUACAUAACAGAUUACGUUUAGUCGACAUUAACUUAUCUGAUGACGACAAGCAAAGAGGUAAUGAACUAUUAAGUAAAUGGAAGAAGACUACUGGUAACUUCGAUGCCUCUAUGGAAACUGUGAAGAUUGCUUUAGUUGGUAAAUAUACAAAUUUAAAGGAUUCUUAUCUAUCUGUUAUUAAGGCUUUAGAACAUUCUUCCAUGAGAUGUCGUCGUAAGUUGGAUAUUAUGUGGGUUGAAUCUACCGACUUGGAACCUGAAACUCAAGAGACUGAUAAGGCUAAAUUCCAUGAGGCUUGGAACAAGGUUAGUUCUGCUGAUGGUGUCUUAGUCCCAGGUGGUUUCGGUACUAGAGGUACUGAAGGUAUGAUUCAUGCAGCUAGAUGGGCUCGUGAAAACAAGAUUCCAUACUUAGGUGUUUGUUUGGGUCUACAAAUUGCUACUAUUGAAUUUGUUCGUGAUAUUAUUGGUAAGACUGAAGCCAGUUCUACUGAAUUUGUUGAAGGUUUAGAUGAAGAAAAUCAAGUUGUUAUUUAUAUGCCAGAAAUUGAUAAAGCUACUAUGGGUGGUAAUAUGAGACUUGGUUUAAGACCAACUUAUUUCCAAGAUAACAGUGAAUGGAGUAAGAUUAGAAAGUUAUAUGGUAGCCCUGCAUCUGUUGAAGAAAGACAUAGACAUCGUUAUGAGAUCAACCCAGAAAUUGUUCCUGAACUUGAAGAAAAUGGUUUAAUCUUUGUCGGUAAGGAUGAAUCUAACAAGCGUUGUGAAAUCUUCGAAUUAAAGAACCAUCCAUUUUAUGUUGCUACUCAAUACCAUCCAGAAUAUACAUCAAAGGUCUUGGAUCCAUCUAAGCCAUUCUUAGGUCUGGUUGCAGCUGCAUCUGGUAUUCUAGAUGAUGUUAUUGAUGGUAAGUACGACUUCCAUGCUGAUUCUGAAUCUAACGAUUUCUAA